AAAAGCUCGUCAUACAGUGCGAAUUCGAACGCGCUGCCGACCGACGAGAGUCGUCGUUCGCGUUUUGCUGCUGGCUCGUUUAAUGUAGGAUGCUUUGAUAAGGAUCGCAUCGCAAUCGCAUAUACACGUACACGCAUUUCAAUUUCAAAACACUUCAACCGCCCAAAAUCUGUCGAGCAAAAUUUAAUAUCACCGCAACGAUUUUCGUUACGUUAGGUACCUACUGAUAGUGAUAAGCGCGAUUAGUGUACUGAUAAAAAAAGCUCGCUGGUCUCUCGCCCCCUCCGCUCACUCAUCUUGCUAGAAGCUCGGACGCGCUCGUCGAGUAAUUUUUCGUACCUCCUUGCUCGAUCGGUGUUUAAUCGCUUCUUCCGAAAUGUCACUGUAGCCAGAUAUAGACCAGAACUUGUACAUAAUUAUAGCCUUACUCGUAUCGUCGUCGUGUUGACAAAUUCGUUUUCUAUAUUUCCAUUUCGCCGCAUCGAAUUUGCAAUUUUUAUUUUUUUUUUUGUUAAUUUCUUCGCUCGUAAAUCACGUCUUCGAUUCGCUUUUUAUUUUCGCUCUCUGUGUGUUUGUGUUUGUUCGCGUAUCGCCAUGAAUAGUAUUCGAGUUAAACGUAUAAUUUUUUAAUCGCAUAUUUAUAGUGUUUUGUGAGAUACAAAGUUGCCGAAGUGAGAAAAUGGGAUGCAUUCAGUCGUAUUUUAGAAAGGCUGCUGCUGGAUCGUCAUCGCAAGCCUCACCAGUAGACGCAGACCGUCAAAUAAUCAAUUUCGAACCAAAAAGCAGCAUUACAGAACCACCUCCCGAAAAAGUACCCAUCGUACCUCAAGAAGAACUUUCGCCUACUAACAACGACGAAGAAGACCCCGACGACGAAAAUGCCGAAAAAGGAUCCUUACACUGCGUAGAAGCCACCGCCGUUAGAACCCUAGCUGCCAGCACAGGCACCGUAGCUAUUCUAGGCACGACUGCCAAAUACAACGAGAAAGUAGAUUACCGACGAAGUUACCAAGAAGAUACUCCCUCCAACGAUGAACCAAAAUCUGAAAAUAUACCCCCUGAAAAUAGCCAAUCAGAACCCGAGCUCGAGUCCAAAGUUCAAGAACAGUUCAACGAGGAACCCGCAGAUAAAAGUCAAAUCGCUCAAAAUGGACCUACCAGUAUCGUCACGACAGCUAUUAUCGAAUCUAGAUUAUCUCAAAGCGAAAGUGAACUUGAAAAAAGUCAAAUUAGUGAAAAAAUCCCGGCUCAAUCGAGCGUUGAAAAAGCUGACGAUACGAGUAAACCUGCAGUCGAUUCUGCGGAAUCAGAAAAAUACCUUCCUAAAGUAGUCGAAAGUAUCGAAAAAGCCAAGAAAGAAAGUUUCGAUAAAAAAGAUGCCACCACGAAUGAUGAUGUUCAAGAACCAACCCCCGAUCAAAAUAAUGUUAAUCAAGAACCAGUCGAAUCGUUACCUUCGUCAGAACCGAAACCAGUCGAACUUAUUGCCGAACUUAAGAAAUCACCUUCGCCAGCUGCCGCAGAAAUCGAAGACAGGGAUACCCUCGAACUCGAAAGAACCAACGGUAACAGCGAAAUAGAAAGCACAAGCAGCGAUAUCAUUUCAGUCGUCAACGAACUCAGGGAAAUUCCGCCCAAGAAAGACUCAUUCGAAGAGACCAAUAAACCAAAUAGAUUAUCAUUCGGUCAAAUAUCGAUGGAAGAAUCGGAACAAAACACGCUGGAAAUUUCAUCAGCUGACGACGUUAUGAAAAACGAAUCUACCGAUUUAACGUCUCCCGAAAGUUUAAGAGGAUUAAGUUUCGACGAAUCGUUCCCCAAAAUGAACAUCUUGGUGGAAGGAAAGGCCGAAUCUAGAGACGACGGCGAGUCGUCCAAAGAAGAAAAUGCUCGAGAAAUAAGCAAUACGUCGUUGAACACGUUGGGAGAUGAUUCCGAAGACGAUGGUUCUGAUUUAGACUUCAACUUCUCUCGUAAAACCGACCAUGGUAUGAAACGUUUCGACACGAUAUCGAGUAACGGUGAAAGCUCCUAUAAUCGAGUCGAAGACCAUAAUUACCCGUCGGUUACCGAAGAACCAGACUUGGAAGAAGUCGCCGAUGAAAAAUUGCUCGACUUGGAUUUUACUCAAGAAGACAACGUAUUCGAUAACGAAGAGCUAAAACGUUUGAAAAAAACAGUUCGUGAGAAUGUCAUCCCCGAAGUAGACGACAUUUGUAAACAAGCUGUGGAAAAGACGACCGAUAUUAUGGCUAAAAUUGCCGCCGAGACUGCCAUUAUCGUUGAAUCCAAAGAUACCGAAGAGGUGAACAACGUGUCCGAAUCUAGUGUACUUUCAGCCGUUGAUUCGGUAGUGGCGGAAAAAGGCAGCGAUUUCGAUAGCUUGUCCUUCCUAGACGAGCAAAGUGAUUCCAGAUCGGUGUCUGUCUUAGGACAAGAUGAAGCUAAGUUACCAAAAUCUGAGGUGCCGGAGGCAGCUGCAGUCACGUCGCCUGCUGCGGAUGAUGCUCAAAAACGAUUGGCUGAUUGUGAACAAGUGUCUUCAGAAACUCAAGAAGAAAGUUUAAAUUCUUCUCAAGAAAUCUCCGGAGCUGUGAUAACUCAAGAAGACAUAUCAGUAGAAACAGAAAAAACCGCCGUAGAUUCCGUUAGCGAAGACUUACCAAAACCACCAGAUUUGGAGGAAUUUCCUCCAUUACCUGAAAAUCUGGACCAAUUCGACGUAACCGAAGACGAAUUAAAAUCCGUUCAGUUACCUGAUUACGGUGAUAUUGUAGUAAGUGACACGAAAACUUUACCCGAUCCUGAGCUGGCUGCGUCCAAAAUCCAAGCCGGAGUUCGAGGGUAUUUGACCAGAAAGCAGUUUAAAAAUAGGACCAAUAGUCAGGACGAUACAUCAGAACCAACCGAUCAAAAAUCCGACACUAGUCUUGGUAAAGAUUACAACGUGCAAAAGAAACGCAUGUCUUUAGAUAGUAAACUGGGUGAUUUCGAGAAUAUUCGUAAACUACCCAAAUUACGUUGCACCUUAUCCGAAUGCGUUGAAGAAGAAAGCGAAAAUACCGACUUAGAUAAAGCUGCCUCCAAAAUUCAAGCAACCUUUCGUAACUAUAGAGCUCGUAAAAGCAUAUGUUUAGGUGAAAAUCGAAAACUUCUCAAUGGACAAUCAACCAUAAUUAGUAAAAUUAUCGAAGAUGCUGAAAAACCUGAUAACCCUCCGCAACCUGUAAACGGAAAAGUAGAAACAAUUCAAGAAAAACCCAUCGAAGAAGAUCAAACGCCAUCAUCUGACAAACCAAUUUCAACCGAGCAAAUGGGUAGUAAUAGAAUGGCAGUGAAAACGUUCGAAGAUGAUCCGCUCAAACAAGCCGCUGUCAAAAUUCAAGCAACGUAUCGUGGUUUCAAAACUCGUAAAAGUAUACAAAUAUCGGCUUCAGCUGCUACCAAAAUUCAAGCUCAUUUCAGAGGAUACAAAGUGCGAAAAAGUAUCAAAAGGUCUAGUUCGUUGAACGAUCUGCGUGAUUCGGCCAGCUCCAGUACCAGUAAUCUUUCCACUCAACCGGAUUUAGAAAAGAAAGUCGCCAAAAUCCAAGCCGGAGUCAGAGGGUAUCUGGUACGUAAACGACAUAGUUUACAGAAUUCGGCAGCUGCUAAGAUACAGAUUAAUUAUAGAAAAUACAAAUCCAGGAAAGAGUCUAAAACUAAAGAUCCUGAACAGUAAUCAUGUACGUAUACGAUGUUUUCUUUUUUCAUUUUUGUUGAAUUCUUCUCUGAUAUAUAUUUUUUGUUUUUGUGUUAACGUAGCUUAUGUACCUACCGUGUUAUGUUAAAAAUUCAUCUUUGUGCAUCAUAAACGAAGCUUCAAGAUGUGUUUAUGCAUAUUUUUCCAACGUAUCCUAUUUUUACUUUCUCUCUAUUCUUCGUCUCCAUGACAAUAACUUUAUUAUUUACAUAAAUUCUGACCUAUCGAACCAUUUCGUAACUUUUCUACAUAUCAUAUUAAUCUUUUGAAGAUAAAAAAUGUCUUGUAGCUAUGAAAAAAAAAACAAGAGUGGCAUUGUAUAAGCAUUCCUACACGAUUCUAAUUUAUUCGAAGUCAACAAGUCAAUUAAUAAGGUCUCAGGCAAUGAAGAAAUCUCAAUCUCAAAAUGAACCAAGUCACUAAACUUUUUUGCGGUUUUGUACAACUAUGUAUAACAGUUUUUUAACAGUGAAUUACCUACUAGCAAAAAAUUCAAAAUAUAUCCAAAUAAAAGAGAUCGUUUAAGCGUCCAUUAUCAAUUUUAUUACCUAUACCUAUACUAUUUUAUUUUAUUUUUAUAUUAAUUAAGUACUUAGUUAAUUUUGUUUGUUCGAUGGCAAUACUCGUACCUAUUUGUAAUUUUGGCAUUUAAUUUCUUCUACAAAAAUUUUAUGACUGACCAAAAAAUCGCAAUUAUUCUGUCUUAGACAUUACAAAUCAUUUUAAAAAUCUUGUUUUAUUUAUAUCUAUUGAAUAAUUGUUACUUAUUUUUCACGUAUUUAUUUUUAUCAUUUUUGAAAAUACUUAUAUUUUACCAUCUAUCGUGGUUAUCGCCAUACGUAUAUUUUUUUCUCUGAAUUCGAGUGUUAAAUCCAGGCAUUUCAAUGCUCUAUUUUAAUUCUUUCUUCUCAUUUAGUCAAUACGAUUUUAGUGUUUUAUUACCACUAAAUUAAUUUGUGAUGUCUGUUUAUUUAAAGAAAAAGUAUUGAGUUUUCAAGUACCUACAUACUUAUAUAUUACUUUCCAAUUUGAGGAGUAGGUAGGUACAUGGGAAAGAACGUCGUAGUUAAUUUCAUUUUUUUCAAUUUAAAAAAAAAUGUAAUUCCGUUCAUGUAGUUUAUUUGAAAAAUACUUACCUCUACCAUUUUUUUUACUCAAAAAACAACAAAUUAGGUAUUGUAAAGAGUAAAAUAUAAAAAGUUUAAGGCGAAAAAAAAUUAUAAUUGACAUUUUUUAUUUUUUUUCUUUGAUGGGGUUUUGUUCAUCAAGCUGCUGAAAUAUGCUCUGGGUCUGGAGGUAUUUCUUUCAGCAUUUCACUUCCAACUGUUCUGAGAGAUAUUUUCAUGCUUAGAAUUUUUCCAGUAUACCUUUGGAAUAAGUACAAUUCAACACGAAUAAUUAUUACUUACAAGUCAAACAACAUUUUAAUCUCAAAAACGCUCUCCUGUAAAAUUUAUAAGCAAAAAAAAAACUGGUAACGACGUUCUUUCCCUGUACUCCUCAUUUACUUUUCG